GUGUGGAGGCGCGCGUGUGACGCGUCGGCUCGCGAGACAUCGCGUACAGUGUCGGGGUGGCCGCUCGCGGUGGCCCGCGGCAUGGCGCGGCGGUAGCGGCGCGGAUGUGCGCGCGCUCGGAGGCGGUCGAGCUGGAGGUGCUGGGCGCGGACGGCGAGCCGCGCGCGCCGCCGCGCCCGCUGCGCCUCUCGCUGCUCGAGCUGCUCGGCAAGCUGGUGCGCCGCGACCAGCCCGCCGCGCCGCGCCGUCGCACCAGGCACAACCAUCGCUUCCGCACCUUCGUCUCCUGCGAGAAUGAACGGAGAAUCAAAGCGAACAACAGAGAAUACAACGCGCAGUUCCGCUACGCUAACAACUACAUCAAGACGUCGAAGUACUCGAUCAUAACGUUCCUGCCACUGAACCUGUUGGAGCAGUUCCAGCGGCUGGCCAACUUCUACUUCCUGUGUCUGCUGGUGCUGCAGCUGAUACCCGCCAUCUCGUCGCUCACGCCCAUCACCACCGCGAUACCGCUCAUAGGGGUACUCGCCCUCACUGCCGUCAAGGACGCUUACGACGACUUUCAACGUCAUCAAAACGAUUCUCAAGUGAACCACAGAAGAGCGAAGACUCUCCGCAAUGGCAAGCUUGUGGAGGAGAAGUGGGCGUCUGUUCAGGUGGGAGACGUCAUCCGGCUGGAGAACGACCAGUUCGUCGCCGCCGACAUCCUGCUGCUCAGCAGCUCGGAACCCAACGGUCUCUGCUACAUUGAGACUGCUGAGCUGGAUGGGGAGACGAACUUAAAAUGUCGUCAGUGCCUUCUGGAGACGGCCGCUAUGGGCCAGGACGAUGCACAACUGGGCGUGUUCGACGGAGAGAUAGUCUGCGAGACGCCCAACAAUCUACUUAAUAAGUUUGAAGGUACGCUGAGCUGGCGCGAGCAGCACUUCUCGUUGGACAACGACAAGAUCCUGUUACGUGGGUGCGUGCUGCGCAACACGUCGUGGUGCUACGGCGUGGUGGUGUUCGCUGGCAAGGACACCAAGCUCAUGCAGAACUCGGGCAAGACCAAGUUCAAGCGCACCAGUAUAGAUAGGCUACUUAAUUUUCUUAUUAUAGGGAUAGUGCUGUUCCUGCUGUCGAUGUGCGUGUUCUGCACGGUGGCGUGCGGCGUGUGGGAGUGGCUGGUGGGGCGCUACUUCCAGGCGUACCUGCCGUGGGACACGCUGGUGCCGGCCGAGCCCGCGUCCGGCGCCAUCGUCAUCGCGCUGCUCGUCUUCUUCUCCUACGCCAUCGUCAUGAACACUGUCGUGCCUAUAUCGCUCUACGUCUCCGUCGAGGUAAUAAGAUUCGCACAGAGUUUCUUAAUAAAUUGGGAUGAAAAAAUGUACUACGAAAAGUCUGGGACAGCGGCCAAAGCGCGCACCACAACCUUAAACGAGGAAUUAGGUCAGAUCCAGUACAUAUUUUCCGAUAAAACCGGCACAUUAACGCAGAACAUUAUGACGUUCAACAAAUGUUCGAUAGCGGGCGUGUGCUACGGUGACGUCAUCGACGAGAGCACGGGCGAGAUCGUGGAGGUCACCGACAGCACCGAGCCCCUGGACUUUUCCGACAACCCGGAGUACGAGCCGGAGUUCAAGUUCUUCGACUCGAAGCUGCUGAAGGCGGUGAAGCAGGGCGACAGGCACGUGUACGACUUCUUCCGGCUGCUCGCGCUGUGCCACACCGUCAUGCCCGACCAGAAGAACGGCCGGCUCGAGUAUCAAGCGCAGUCGCCCGACGAGUCAGCGUUGGUAUCGGCGGCGAGAAAUUUUGGUUUUGUGUUCAGAGAACGCUCGCCUAAUACUAUUACGAUAGAAGUUAUGGGUAAAACAGAGGUGUAUGAGUUGUUAUGUAUAUUAGAUUUUAAUAAUGUUAGGAAAAGAAUGUCCGUGAUAUUGAAGAAGGAUGGUGAAAUUAGGUUAUAUACUAAAGGUGCUGAUAAUGUAAUAUACGACAGAUUAAAACGUAGCAGCCAGGAGGAAGUAAACUCAAAAACACAAGAGCAUUUAAAUAAGUUCGCGGGCGAGGGUCUCCGCACACUAGCGCUCGCGUGGCGGCCGCUCGAGGAGCGGGGGUUCGUGGAGUGGAAGAGGAGGCACCAGGCCGCCGCGCUGGCGCUGAGGGACCGCGACGAGCGCCUCGACGCUAUCUACGAGGAGAUUGAGACUGAUCUCAUCCUGUUGGGUGUCACAGCUAUAGAAGACAAAUUACAAGAUGGAGUGCCUGAGACGAUAGCGAACCUAAGUAUGGCUGGCAUGAAAAUAUGGGUUCUAACAGGAGAUAAACAAGAGACAGCAAUAAACAUCGGCUACUCGUGCCAAUUGUUAACGGACGACAUGGCGGAGGUGUUUGUUAUCGACGGCGCGGGGCACGACGACGUGGACCGCCAGCUCGCCAAGUGCCGCGACUCCAUACGCGUCGUCAACACAUUUCUCCCGCACGGUACAUCGGAGGCAAAAAACUCAAAUACAGAAACGGCGAACGGCGGCGGCUCGGUGUCGCGGCCGUCGCCCGGUCGCGCCGCCAACGUGAAACUGAACGCGCCCGCCGUCUCCGUCGUCACAUUUAGGUGGGAACUUAACACACUAGCACACAACAGCAACGAGUACGUGUCGGGCGGCGGGCCGUACUCGGCGGACGCGCACGAUCACAACAGCGACGACUCCAACGGGUUCGCGAUCGUGGUCAACGGCCACUCGCUGGUGCACUGCCUGCAUCCCAAACUGGAGGAGAAGUUCCUAGACGUGGUCCUGCAGUGUCGGUCGGUGAUCUGCUGCAGAGUGACGCCGCUGCAGAAGGCGAUGGUGGUGGAGCUCAUCAAGAAGAGCAGGAAAGCGGUCACGCUCGCGAUAGGGGACGGCGCCAAUGACGUAUCUAUGAUUAAAGCGGCGCACAUAGGCGUUGGAAUCUCAGGCCAAGAGGGCAUGCAAGCAGUAUUAGCGUCGGACUACUCCAUAGCGCAGUUCAGGUUCCUGCAGCGACUGCUGCUGGUGCACGGCCGCUGGUCGUACUACCGGAUGUGCAAGUUCCUGCGAUAUUUCUUUUACAAGAACUUCGCGUUCACGGUCUGCCACUUCUGGUUCGCGAUGUUCUGUGGAUUUAGUGCACAAACGGUGUUCGACGAGAUGUUCAUCUCGGUGUACAACCUGUUCUACACGUCGCUGCCGGUGCUGGCGCUCGGCGUGUUCGAGCAGGACGUGUCCGACGUCACCUCGCUGCAGUUCCCCAAGCUGUACGCGCCCGGCCACACCAGCCAGCUGUUCAACAAGACCGAGUUCAUCAAGUCCACGCUGCACGGCUGCUUCACCUCGCUCGUGCUCUUCCUCAUACCCUACGGUACUUACAAAGACGGGUUGGCGCCCGACGGCAAGAUAUUAUCCGACCACAUGCUACUGGGGAGUGUCGUGGCUACAAUUUUGAUAAUUGACAAUACGACACAGAUCGCGUUAGACACGACAUACUGGACGGUAUUCAACCAUAUCACAAUCUGGGGCUCGCUGGUGUCGUACUUCGUGCUGGACUACUUCUACAACUACGUGAUCGGCGGCCCCUACGUGGGCUCGCUCACCGUGGCGCUCACGCAGGCCACCUUCUGGUUCACCGCCGUGCUCACUAUGAUGAUCCUGAUGGUGCCGGUGGUGUCGUGGCGGCUGGCGUGCUCGCGGCGGCGGCCCACGCUGGCGGAGCGGCUGCGCGCGCGCACGCGCUGGCGCCGCGCCGCCGCCGCGCCCGCGCCGCGCACACCGUCCGCGCGCCGCGCGCGCCGCUCCGUGCGCUCCGGGUACGCCUUCGCGCACCAGGAGGGCUUCGGCCGCCUCAUCACGUCCGGCAAAAUCAUGCGCCGCAUCCCGCACGCCGACGCCGCGCUGUCGGCGCUCGCGUCGCUGCCGGGCAAGUUCCACCCGCGCGCGUCCACGCCCCCGCCCUCCCCGCCCUCGCCGCCCUCGCCGCCCUCGCCGCGCGCGCCCAAGCAGGACCUGGACUCGGUCGACUUAUGAGUCCCGCGGAGAGCGAAGGAUGGCCCUCCGUGAGAGGUCGCGGCGGACGCGCCAGCGGGCCCGGCCGAGCGCCGCGCCGCGCCUGGGCGACGGCUCCGCUAGCGAUGGUGUUCUUUUAAUAAUAAAAAGACGUAAAUUGUACAAUAUAAGAUCGAAAGUAAUGUUUGUAAAUAAUAAAGAGGUUACAAACGACCCGUAAUUUUUUAUUAGACGGCAUAAUGUCGUCGCAACUCGUAUUGUGAUAAUGUUGAUAGAUUUAAAAAUUCGUAUUAUAUUAUUGCCUAUAUUAAAUUAUAUUUGUUGAUCGAGAGUAUAUAUUGAUAGAUAUUUAUUAUGGUACGUACUAAGAUUACUCUUUUGUAUCGGAAAGCGUAGUUAUCUCCCGAUGUUCCUUUGUAUGUGUGGACGACGUGGUUCCGUUUGCCGCGCGCGCGACCCAACGAUUAGUUUGUUUUAGUUCCAUCGUCGACGUCACUGUCGUUAAACGAUAUCUUAGGAAUAUGUUCAAUUGUUACCGAGACCAUUGUCCUUUUCGUUCUUAUGGUAUAAAACUUGUCAUUUUUUUAUUUCUUUUUUUAUUUGUUAUUUCACUUGUGAGCUUAAUGUUUUUAUAUGCUUUUUAAUUAUUGUCGUCUUGUGUCGGAGACCUUAGUAAAAUGUGCAUUUAAAAAUAUGUCCGUACUAUAUGCAGUUGAAAUAAAAUUUCAGCGUAAAAUUACUGUAUAAGUAAAAUUCUAAAUUAUUUUAAAUUGUUAUUUAUAGUUUAUUUUUUAUUUACAUAAUAAUUCCAAAAUCAACAUUUUAAAAAUUGUGCCUUAUUUCAGCUGCAUGUAAUACAUCAUCAUUUGCUUUGGUAUCAAAUUUUUAAUAAAAAAAUUACUCUCUUGA